UAUUCACCAUUCUAGCAUGGCCCACAGCCCUGUAACAGUGAAGAUUGCUCGGCCAGAAAGCAACAUUGGCCGUUCUCCACUGUUGGAGCAGUUGGUUUCUCCUGUGGCUUUCUCUUCAGCAUCUAAUACUAUCCUGGAUCCAUGCGCAAAAGAAACUGUCUUGAAUGCUCUCAAAGAGAGCCGGAAGAGAGCUGUGGAGGAAGAAGAGGAGGAGCAGAACUUUCCAAGUGGUCAGGAGAACAAGAAGAGGCGCCAUGAUAGUACGGGAAGUGGUCAUUCUGCAUUUGAGCCCUUGGUGGCCAAUGGAGCACCUGCAUCUCUUGUGCCCAAGCCUGGCUCUCUGAAGCGGGGACUUGCUUCUUCCCACUGCCUAGAAGAUUGCUCCUCCAAGAGAUCGCGCACUUCUUCCCUCAGUUCUGUGAACAGUCUGUAUGUGGGUGGUAUACCGAGCUCUCUCCGCAAUGCUAUUGCCAGCUCAUACAGCUCCACCAGAGGUCUCUCACAGCUAUGGAAGAGAACGGGACCAAGUUCCUCUCCUCUUUCCAGCCCAGCAUCCUCUCGGUCUCAAACACCUGAAAGGCCUAACAAGAAAGCAAGAUAUCCCAGCUCCAACAUCACUGAAGAAGAGCCUCAGAAAUCCAACUUGCAAAUGCCUGUGACAGCAGACAAAGAGAUGCAGGAAGAGAAGAUUUCAGACUCGCCCUUGAAGAAUAAAUGCAACUUUGUGAGUUCACCGUCUUCAUCAGGAAGCAAUGGCAAGCGGAAGCGGAAGAUUCAGCUACUUUCAGCUCAUCAUGGAGAUAAUUUUGCCUUGCCUCCACCACCUCAGCUGGGCUAUACAGUCACCCCAGAAGACUUGGAUGCAGAGAAGAAAGCAACACUACAGUGGUUCAACAAAAUCUUAGAAGAAAACAUUGAUUCCACCCCAAGCCCACCCGUGGAGACUACCUCUUCAUCUCAAACUUUGAACUUUUCAUUGAUGUCCACCAAACCAACACCUGUGUCAUUGCCCAUCUCUACUGCCGCAACCAAUCCUCUUCUGGAGAGCCUGAAGAACAUGCAAGAAGGAAAGGGCUCUUCGGCACAAGCAGCCAAGGCAGUUCCAGGGACUAAAGGGAGUCCUCAGAUACCAGCCUUCUCUGCCUCGCUGGAUUUGAGCUCCUCUGUGCCGAUGACAUCCCCCGAGGCACCUAAGCCUCUGGCACUCAACGUACCUGUUCCCCUGUCCACUGCUUCUCCUUCUUCAGGCACUUCCCUGCCCACCAGUAGCACAGGCAAUUUGGUGACAGCUUCUUCUGAGUCGGGCCACACUCCAUCCAGGCCCUCGUCUGCGCCAAAACCCAGCAUCCUCUUUGGGAUCCUCACCAGUCCUCCAGUCGACAAGCCCUCAGCUGCAACAACGCCAUCUUCUUCUGCGCCCGGCACGGUGCCUAUUUUCAAACCAGUGUUUGGCAGCCCAGCAAAAAGUGAGAACUUUAGCUUCUCCCCAAGUAGCACCAUUGUGGUUUCUGCCACUGCGCAAUCUGUGCCUUCUUUGGCACCUCCUGUUGCUCCCAGCAGCACAUUCAAGCCCAUCUUUGGGCCACUGUCCACACCAGCAACUGCUAUCCUGCCCACAACCACAUCAUCUUCUCCCUUCACAUUCAGUCAGGCCCCUCAGGCAGCAGCAGCAGCAUCUGGCCUUCCUGCCAUUAAUGCCUCAAGCAAUCUAGGGCUCCCUGUUCUCUCAGAAGCCACUGCUGCCACCUCAGUGUCACCCCCUGGAACAGCAAGUGUGACGUUUGUCUCCAUGAGCAAACCUGUGUUCAGUUUUGGGCCGGGCAUUCCAUCCUCUGCCACUGCCCCCGGCAACAGCAGCAGCAGCAGCAGCACUCCUGCCACUGUUGUCUCCACAUUGGCAUCCCAGCCCUUGCUGUUUGGGGCUGCACCCAGUGCCAGCACAGCUGCCAUGCCUCUUUUCCAGUUUGGCAAGCAAGCUACUUCUACAGGCGCCACUGUCAAUCUCUUGGCACCCUCCAGCACCACUGUUACUGCUGCUGCCACAACCACAACCAAUACUGGCUUCAGCAUUUUCAGUGGCGGCAGCAGCAGUUCCACACAGGCUUCUUCAGCACCAUCAGCCACCACACAGGGUCCGCUGACCUUUGGGUCUUGCACCUCUGCAUUCAGCAGUACCUUUGGGGCCGCCUCAAAACCACCCCCUCCAUACCCUGCAGUUACAAGCCAGCUGGCUUUUGAUGCAGGUGUCCCUGAGGGCCAGCAGGCAGCUCUCAAGCCACCGGCUGCAGGACCACUGAACUUUGGGACUCCUUUCAGCUUCACUGGCUCAGUAGCCCAACCUGCAGCCCAGCCAGCAUUUGGUAGCUCUACGCAGACCCCUUUUGGAGGGUCUGGCCCUUUGGCAUCUUUUGGAGCCAAAAAUACAUCCCAGCCGGCAUUUGGAGUUGCAUCGUCCAUCUUUUCUUUUGGGACAGCCACCACAUCCAGCACUCAGACUACAAGCAGCAGCACAGGAAGCUCUGUGUUUGGAGGUUCAACCCCAGCUCCAUUCACCUUUGGGGUAUCGAAUCCCCAAGGUGUAGCGGGCAGUGCUUUUGGCGUUGGUGCCAGUGCUACAGGCACAGGCGUGCCCACGGUUGGAUUUGGUUUCGGCAGUGGGCAGAGCGGAGCUGCAGACGGAGUGACACCCUUUGGAACUUCCUUGGCACAAAACCCUCUGGGUACCCAGAACCAAAACUCUGCCUUUGCUUUCAACAUCCCAAGUACACCUGAGAGCAAGCCAGCAUUCGGAGGAACUCCCACGCCUACAUUUGGGCAAAGUACUACUCCAGGUGGUGGCACAGUAGGGAGCUGCAACCUUUCCUUUGGAACACCCAUCACCCCCACCUUUGGAGGAGUGACACCUACUGCUUUUGGGCCAGCAAUACCCACCUUCUCCAUUGGAGCAGGAUCCAAGACAGGAACCCGCCAACGGCUGCAGGCCCGGAGGCAGCAUACUCGUAAAAAGUAACCAGGAGCAGCUUCCUGCCUGGAUUUCAACU